CAUCCGGGUACUUUCUGCUGAGCGGCACCGUGCAGUCAGAUUCAGGUCAUGGCGGACUUCACGGAAUACGCUUUCCCGGCAGGAGCAGAAAGUGAAGGAAGUAAUGAUGAAAGCGACAUCAGCUGCGGCGUGGAGACAACUUAUCUCCCCAAAGAGUCUGGGGAAAAAGACCACGACUCUACAUUUAAGUGUGAAGAUGUGUGGAUGAUGAAAAGAGCUAUCAGUAAAGGACAAACGGAUGAAGUUAUCAGGUUACUGGACAAUGGUAUGGAUGUAGACACCAAGCUUGAGUUUGGAUGGAGUCCACUUAUGUUUGCUGUCAAUAUGGCAAAUCACGACUUGGCCAAACAGCUGUUGGACAGAGGGGCCAAUGCGAAUUUCACCAAAGAUCAGUGGUCAGUCCUCAUGGCUAGUUGUACUGCAUCUGCCAGUGAAGAUAAAAUCACACGUUGUGUGGAGCUUCUCCUGUCCAGAAACGCUGACCCCAAUGUGGUGGAUAGGUCUCAGAUGACCUCUUUGAUGCUUGCUGCCAGGGAGGGCUACAGUAAAGUCAUUAACUUGCUGGUGGCCCAUGGUGCAAAACUCGAUGUCCAGGACAGCAGUGGAUAUACAGCGUUGGCUGUAGCAGUCAAGUAUGGAAGAGAAAAGGCAGUGCUAAAGCUUCUCCAGCUGGGGGUAGACAAAACCAUAAAAACCAAGAGCGGCAAGAGCCCAGUUGACCUGGCUGAAUUCUUCAAGCACCCACAGAUAGCAAAAAUCUUAAAUUCAUCAUCUCAAAUCGAUAAUGUUGGGGCCUUUGGUUCCACAGAGGAGAGCCUGUCAAGGUUUUUUAAAACCAACUGUGAAACCCCACCAACCAAAGAAAGCGUAACUAGACUUAAUGAUCUAGAGCUUCUUCUACAUGGCCUUAAUUUGAGCCACCUCACUGAAGUCAUGACUGAAAAUGAUAUCACAUGGAGCUGCCUGUUGACCAUGAAGAGGGAAGACCUUGAGAAGAUUGGUAUCACAGACCCAGAGGAUCAGGAAAAGGUGCUGAAUGUUGUGCAGCAGAUCCACUUGGAUAAAAUAGACCUCAACACCCUGUGCCAGUUGCGUGUGGUUUACAAUGGGUGUGAAGAUCUGCAGAACUUCCUCAUUAGCGUGAAUCAUCAGUGCUGUUACCUGAUAGAAGUGAUUCACGAUGUCGUCAGCCGCUUUCCUCGUCAGACCUCUCAGCUGGUCUUCUCUCUGGACUCGGGGAAGGAAGCCCAGUCCACAUGCAGGCAGUUGGUCCUCCAGAUUAAAGACCUGGAAAAGGAAGUCUCCUGUCUUCAUAGUCUGCUGUGCAAGAUGGAUGAAACCAGGGAUUGCUGUUGGGUUCCUCCUCCUCCUCGUUCCCCCAAAGGCUGGAAGAAGUCUCUACUGACCAGGGUUGUUGUGAGCGUGCUCGCUGCCGCCUCGCUGCUGCUGUUCUACAAAGCUGCAAGGGGCAAAGUUCAGCUCCACCUGUUCUCCAAAAUCCUCUGAUCGCGAAGCAGACGUUUCCUGUUGGUAGAUGUUUGCUUUACUUCAGCUAGGCUGUUUCUGUUUGAACAUUUUAUUUUUUAAGGAAAAUUUCAUUUUGUUGCAGAUUUUUGUUUCCAGGUUUUCAGAGCAGAACUGAUAUUUUUAGGUUUUAAAAGAGGAUUUUGAUGUUGUGUGUUUAUAAUAAAACGCUUUUGGUUAAG